AUGCCGCCCGCGCAGACCGAGAAGCCGGACUCCGUGAGUGUCGCGCCGGAGGGAGGCGCGCGCCGGCCGCGGCCACCCACCUUCGAGACGCUGCUCGAGUCGGUGGGCGAGUUCGGGCUGUACCAGCGCGCGCUGUGCCUGGGCCUGAUCGGAUCGUCGACGCUGGUCUGCGCGCUCACCUACUAUAGCCAGAACGACUGGGUGUGCAAUGAUGCCUGGCGACCGUUCGUCGUGCACGCCGUCUUCUGGGUGGGCAACAUCGUCGGCUCCUGGAUCUGGGGCACCAUCAGCGACAAGGUUGGCCGCCGUCCGGCUACGCUGGCCUCGUUCGUGGUGUACGCCGCCGGUGGCGCCCUCACCUUGGCCUGGCCCUCCAGCAUGGCCGCCCUAGCGGCCGUCCGCUUUCUCGUUGGCACGGCGCACCACACCAUCUCUCAUCUGCCCUACAUGCUAGUGAUCGAGUACUGCGGUGCGAGGGCCCGCGUCUACCCGCUGCUGGCGCUCAUUGGCUCCUGGGGCGUGGGCGGCGCGCUACUGCCCUGGAUCGCCUACCUGGUCUGGGACUGGCGCAUCCCUGAUGCUGCUCUCCAGCCUGCCGCUCCUGCUCACCCUGGCGUUUUACAAGUGAGCGGGGCGGAGGAGGGACGCUACAUUCCGGAGUCAUCCUCCUGGCUGAUGGUUCGUGGUCGCGGAGAGGAGGCGGCCACCCUCUUGAGGAAGAUGGCGGCAAUCAAUGGGCAGACGCUGGAUGAGGAAGCGUUCGGCGAGGUGCUUAUCGACAUGACGGCCCGCGAUCCCGACAAGGAGACACAGAGCAUCCUGCUGGUGCGGAAGCACCCCCGCCUGAUGAAGAACAUGGUGCUGGUCAUUCUGCUGUGGAUGGUGUCGUGUCUGUGCUUCUACGGACACACGCAGAACACGGGCAACCUGGGCGGCUCUGUAUUCAGCUCGUUCUCGCUCGGCGCCACUACCGAGCUGCUGGCUAUGACCGUGCCGUUCAUCAUCAACGCACGGGGUCGCAAGUGGCCGAUGGCCCUCUUCUUCGUCACGUCCGGCCUCUGCGGCCUGCUCUACGCCCUGCUCGGCGAUGCCGCGGCCGUCUGA